AAGAGAAUGUUAGAGAGAGAAAGAGAAAAAAGAAAAAACAGAAAGAAAAGAAGCUGUUCGUUCUUCUUCCCACACAAAAAGUGGUUUAAUCUUCUCCUCUUCUCUUCUCUCAUUGGAUCCAUGACCACCACCCUCAUCUUCCUUCUCCUCUUCUCUUUCCAUUCUUCUUCUAGUUUCUCUUGAUACAAAACUUUUCGCACUGAACCAGAAAGACAGAGAAUAAUCACCAACACAAUUGGAGAAGGAAGAAGAAGAAAAUAAAGAGAGAAAAGAAAAAGAGAGAUGUCCAAGUUUUUGGCUGUGUAUUUAAAUCGAUGAAAAAAUAAUGAAAAUUUCUCGAUUUUCUUAACUGUGUAUUCUUUCUUCUUUCUUUCUUUCUUUCUUUGUAUCCAAUUUUUGUUUUGUUUUGUUUUGUUUUGGUGAGUCCAAAUCUCAAUGGAUUUGGACAGCAUUGAGUGUGUGUCAUCCUCUGAUGGCAUGGAUGAAGAUGAGAUCCAACACCAUAACCUUCAUCCUCAUCAUCACUCUGAGUUUUCAUCUUCGAAGCCUCGCAAUGGAGGCGCCAACAACAACAACAACAACAACAACAAUGUUAUGGGCGCAACGGUGGUUAUUCCUCCUGCAACCAGCGUCCAUGAGUUGCUUGAAUGUCCCGUUUGCACCAAUUCAAUGUAUCCCCCAAUUCAUCAGUGCCAUAAUGGGCAUACAUUGUGUUCCACAUGUAAAACAAGGGUGCACAAUCGGUGUCCCACUUGUAGACAAGAGCUUGGAGAUAUUAGGUGUCUGGCGCUGGAAAAGGUGGCUGAAUCGCUUGAGUUACCUUGCAAGUACUACUCCCUCGGAUGUCCAGAAAUAUUUCCAUACUACAGCAAGCUGAAGCAUGAGACAGUAUGCAAUUUCAGACCAUACAAUUGUCCUUAUGCUGGAUCAGAGUGCUCUAUUGUCGGGGACAUUCCUUUCCUUGUUGCACAUCUGAGGGAUGAUCACAAGGUGGACAUGCACACAGGAUGCACAUUCAACCACCGCUAUGUAAAAUCAAAUCCCCGUGAAGUUGAGAAUGCAACAUGGAUGCUCACGGUAUUUCAUUGUUUUGGACAAUACUUCUGUCUCCACUUUGAAGCAUUCCAGCUAGGCAUGGCCCCGGUUUACAUGGCAUUCCUUCGUUUCAUGGGGGACGAGAAUGAGGCUCGGAACUAUAGCUAUAGCCUUGAGGUCGGGGCAAAUGGCAGGAAACUCAUUUGGGAGGGUACUCCACGAAGUAUCCGGGAUAGCCACCGGAAAGUCAGGGAUAGCCAUGAUGGUCUGAUCAUUCAACGAAAUAUGGCCUUAUUUUUCUCUGGUGGAGAUAGGAAGGAACUGAAACUAAGAGUUACAGGAAGAAUAUGGAAGGAACAACAGAAUCCAGAUGCCGGAGUGUGCAUACCAAAUCUUUGUAGCUGAUGUCUUAAUUGGAUGACAAUUUUUUUAUUUUUAUUUUUUUAUGGCUUGUGUGUUGGGACACUGCAUGUGUAUCUGCACCAACUUUGUGCGUGUUAUAUUAGAGUAAGGCACUAAGGUGGCUUUGAAAUUUUCAGUUUGUGUAAUAAACAAGAUUUUUAUCUAAAAUUGCUUGAUCAGAA